AUGCGAGCUCGAUCUCUCGCCGGCCUGGCGGCCAUGGGCCUCGCGGGUCUCGCUUCGGCUGACCCCGUCCCUCUUCCAAUUCCCGGUCCUGGAGAUGGCGCUCUCUACACUUGUCCUCCUGCUUCUACCCAGACCAUCUUCGUCACAGUCGGCUCUGGCAGCGACCCUGUUCCCUCCGUCGCUGUCCAGACUCUCACUGCCACUGUCUGGCCUGGUGCUGAGCAGCCUACCUCUCCUGCUUAUCCCACUCCUGUCUACCCCUCUCUUCCCCCGACUCUGACCGUCACGAUCGACUCCUACGGCCCUCCUACUGGUGGCUCGCAGUACACUGGACCCAGACCUUGGAACUCUGGUGCCGCUCUCACUUCCACUGUCUACGUUCCUGCUGCUCCCGCCGGUUCUGUCGCAAGCGACCCUGGCAACGCUGGUGGAAACCCUCCUGCUUCCAUCAUUCCCAGCGAUCAGGUCACUCCAGGCUCUCCUGAUGGCAGUGGCCGAGGCACAACGACAGUCUACACCUUCCCUGGACAGACACCGCCUGCCUUCCCCUGGAACCCCACUCAGCCUGCUCCUGGUCCCGGCACUGAUGGUGUCGUUGUCUUCAGCACCACCCUCUACAACACCAGACCUGGCUCGGGAGGCACGCCCACCGUCGACACUCUGGUGACUUGCUUCACCGUCACUUUCCCUCCUGCUACCGGCACGGCACCCCCUGUUGGCCCGCCCAACGCUGGCGUCUCUGUCGGUACUGUCGUCGUUCCCACGAUGGUCCCUGGCCCUGAUGGCAGUCUUUCCUACUCUCUCCACACAAUGCUGUCGACCUUCACUCCUGGCGUUGGCACUGCUGCUCCUCCUGCCUCUGUCAUCACAACGACCUAUGUCUUCCCUGGCUCUCCCACGGACACUGCGGGUCAAGAUCCUGCCACUGGAACCCCCGUCGUCGCUACCAUCACCCUCACGGUGCCUGAGCCACCCGCCACAGCCGGCGUCUCGCAGCCUCCGACAGGUCCUGGUGCCCCUGGUGCCCCCGGUGCUCCUGGCAACUCUGGCAUCCCAUCUGGCCCAGUCACUGUCACUGUCAUCCAGCCAAACCCCUCAAACCCGGCUGCGCCUGGCACUGUCUUCGUCACUGCUGGCGUCCCUCCCUCUGGCGGCGUUCCCGGUACUCCUGGCAGUGGUGGCUCGCAGACAACCGCCCAGAGCAACACCAUUCCUGGCAGCUACGGAGACUCUGAUCCCUCUGCUGGCCUUCCUCCCGCAGUCACAGUCACCGCUCCUGCUGGCUCUGGCAACACUCAAGCUCCUGCAGGUGGUCUUCCAGGUCCGGUCACUGUCACCGUCCCUGCCGGCUCGGGCAACACUCAAGUUCCUGCAGGCGGUUCUCCAGUCACUGUCACAGUCCCUGCAGGCUCUGUCUUCUCCCAGGAUCCCAACGCUGGCUUGCCCUCCGCAGUCACCGUCACUGUCCCUGCUGGUUCCGCCAACCCUCAGGAUCCCGCUGGUGGUGUUCCAGUCACUGCUUCUCCCGCUGGCGGUGCCGGUGCGAGCAGCAUCCUCGGUGGCUACAGUGAUCCGGCACAGGCACCCUCUGCUGCUCCCGGCACUGGCGCUGGUGCUCCCGUUAGUGGUGCUCCUGGCUCUCUUGGCUCACCCUCUGUCAUCACUCUGUGGCCUACGAUUGCGAACACGGUUCAAGGUCCCGUCGAGACAGCUCCGAACACCGUUCCGGGCGCUGGUGUCACUGCGGUCGACUCUGCUCUUCCUGUCACCGGCACAAAGACAUCUUGCACGUCCACCCUGGUUGAUUCAACAUCUGUCGAGCCGGCUGUCUCGUCUGUCGUCGUCUCUUCUGUUCUUACAAGCACUCUGGUGAACGCUGUUCCUCAGUCUACGACCACGUACUUGUUCCCCUUCGAGUCGCUUGUCACCUCCGUCAGCACUGCAGUCUUCACUGGUGACGUCGCCGGAGGCAGUCCCACCACUACUCAGGCCGCCGUCAGCGACGCCGGUGGUGCCGGACAACCCUCGGUCUUGAGCUCCUUGAUUCUCAGCACCUGGAUUCAGAGCACGCUGGUUCCUGCCACUGCAGUCAGCACCAGCCAGGCAACCAUCUCUGACGCUGGAGGCGCCGGGCAACCCACGGUCUUGAGCUCCUUGAUUCUCAGCACCUGGGUUCAGAGCACAUUGAUCCAGAGCACGCUUGUCUCAGUGCCUACGCCCGCAGCUGUCGAGCGUCGCGGCAUUCAGAAGCGCCAGGGAAACUCCACCUUGACUUCCACGGCCCCCAUUUCUGUUGCCACGCCCAUGUGCACUGGCACGACGGAGGUUGGCACUCUCACUCUGGACUUCGAUGACCUCGACAAGUUUGGCCCCAUCUACAACCCGUACCAUCGCUUCUGGUUCUCCAAGGGUUUCCUCGUCGGCCCGCCUCCCAAGAUGCCGUAUCUCCCGUCGUCUGGUGGCCAGCUCGUGGAGUUCGUGCCCCCCAUGCUGUCCAACUCCACUGGCCAGUUCUCCAACGACACUGCGCAGAUUGGCAUGGGCAAGCAGGCAUCUUCUCCUUGCUUCCAAUUCAACUUCUACGGCGCGAGACUUGGCUGCGAUGCUCGCGUGCCCGACCAGUUGUGCGAGUUCACUUUCACGGGAUACAAGUGGGAUGCGGCCCAGGGCAACGAGACAGAGGCUGUGAGCCAGAAGACUUGGGUUCCUUCGUGCCCCAAGAUGGACGGUUGCGCUCUCACACCUUUCUCGGCCACGGGCUUCGACGGACUCAGCUCCAUCCUGGUCACCCUUCGCGUCGAUGGGCGCCCUCAGGUCUGGUGGGCUGAUGAUCUCCAAGUCGGCUGGACCAAGAACGACUGCGACUCCGCCACUUGCCGGCAGCAGCCUGUGGCUUUGGACGUUGCCUCGGACAACGAUCCCCUCUGGUACUGGACCCGGGCGGGCAUGAGAGUUCUCAAGCCGUCCCGUAUCCACAAGCAUUUCUGA